GCUACUGAAUCGUACACAACCAAACAACUUUCUCCCCAUAAGGGAGCGGAGCCUUCUCUACAGCCAACGAUUGAUUAAUCACACAGUUAAAUUCCCUACACUACUACCACCGCCCGCCAUACUCAUACUACCGUUCACAGCCUCAUUUUGUAGGGGGAAAAAACAAACAACGAAAAAAAAAACAUGGAACCCCCCCUUCCCAUGGAAGUAGGUGGCGGUGGAGGGUCCUCUUUCCCGACGACUCGCGAGGAGUUCGAGGCCGAUCCGCGGGUUUCCUGGUCGAGGCUUACGGGGAAGUGGUCGCUGGAGGCCGACGAUGGGACAGAGUUUGAGUAUGAUGAGGGGAUUAAGAGAUGGGUUUCUGUGCUCGAUGAAACACUUGCGGAGCAGCAAAGAGCUGCGUAUGCGGUUGCGGGAGUAGACGAGAGUGAGCCUGUGGCGCCGGUGAAUAAGAAGAGGAAGAAGGUGUAUACUUCUAGUGAAGGGAAUGAGGACCCCACACACCCCAAAAAGUCCAAAAACACCAAAGACUCCUCAUCCUCCACCGACCCCACCACCGCCUCCUCCUCCUUCCCAGCUCCUGCGCGCAAAAACACCGCAGUCUACAUCACCAACCUACCCCCCGACACAACGGAGGAUGAGGUCAACAAGGUAUUCUCCAGGUUCGGUGUAAUAGCCGAGGAAAUCGACCGCGGGAAGCCCCGCAUCAAGUUAUACAGGAACGAGGAUGGCAGCGUCAAAGGCGAUGCACUGGUAGUCUACUUCCGCCCGGAGAGUGUGAACCUGGCAGUGCAAAUGCUCGACGAUUCAGACUUUCGAUUCGGCGUUAGUGAGGGAGGGAGGAUUAAGGUGCAACCUGCAGACUUUAGUUAUAAAGCGCAGCAGGACGCGCCGGUGAGGAAGAAUGCUAGGGAUAAGAAGAAGGUUAUUGCCAAGACGCAGAAGUUGAAUAACAAACUGGCAGACUGGGAUGACGACGACCCCUCCAAAAUCCCUGACAUAACCUCCAAAUAUGAUAAAGUCGUGAUACUAAGACAUAUGUUCACGCUGAAGCAACUGGAAGAAGAUCCCACCGCUAUCUUGGACUUGAAAGAAGACAUUCGCGAGGAAUGCGAGAAACUCGGCGACGUCACGAACGUUGUUCUAUAUGAUAAGGAAGAGGACGGAAUCGUCAGUGUUAGGUUUGCCAACGCGGAGUCUGCGAAGGCUUGUGUUGGGGUGAUGCACGGCCGCUUCUUCGACGGGCAAAGGGUCGAAGCCUACAUUUUUGACGGACUGGAGAAGUUCAAGAAGACUAGUAUAAAGAAGACUGUCGAGGAGGAGGAGGCGGAACAGGAAAGAUUGGAAAAGUUUGGGAAUUGGCUGGAGGAGAGUGGAGAAUGAGUCGCCUACUCUCUCGUCCCUCCCUCCCCCUCCCUCCCCUUUCUAUCUGCUUCUCGCUUUUCAUGUCCUCCACUCUCUCUUUUAAUUAUCAGGUCGGAGUUUACGCAUUAGUCUAAUUGUGUAUUAUAUAUAUACUCUUUCUUCUCUUGUCUUCUUUACUUAACUGCGUUUUUCAUUAUCGUAGUUGAUGUUAUUGGCAUUCUUGAGGGAAAGCAAGAAAGCAAGAAAUAUAGCUUAAUUACCACCCACA